AUGGGUUUGAAUGGAAACCUCAUGAUCGACCCAAGAAGCGGGUUUUGCAAAGCCAACUCUACCUUCUACAGCAAACGCCAACCACUCGCAUUACCAUCCAACGAAUCUCUCGACGUCACCACUUUCGUCUCUUCACGUGCCCACCAUGGCAAGACUGCCUUCAUCAACGCAACCACUGGCCACCGCCUCAGUUUUACCGAGAUCUGGAGAGCCGUCGACGCCGUUGCUUCAUCUCUCUCUGAAAUGGGGAUUCGCAAGGGCCACGUCAUCCUCCUCCUCUCUCCUAAUUCCUUCUUCUUCCCCAUUGUUUGCCACUCCGUCAUGUCCCUCGGUGCAAUCAUCACCACCACCAACCCUCUCAACACCCAUGGCGAAAUCUCCAAACAAAUUGCAGAUUCCAAACCCGUUCUCGUCUUCACCAUUCCCCAACUUGUCCCCAAACUCGGCGACUCAAACCUCCCAUCGUACUCAUUGGCCAUGAAAUUGAUUCACUUCCCAAUUCCACUUCCAAACCCACAGUCGUGA